GUUUUUCUUGGAGUGAGGUCUGUGCCUGCCGACGCGCCUCUCCUGUGCAGCCCCCUUCAAGAAGAGCUAUUUUUUAAAGACAGCGAGAAAGAGAGAGAGAGAGAGAGAAAGGAAAGACACUUUUCUUUUUGAAAGGGAGAAGGAUCUGCAUAAUACAAGUGAAGUGGAUAAAAGCGCACGGCUGGGUUUUUUAUGCGUUCUCUCUUGCUUUUCUCCUCUGGUGUCUGAAUGAAACGGAGGCAAAGACACGGGGAGCAGUGGAGUGUAGGUUUUGCUCUGUUCUGGGGGGCCUCGGCCUGUCAGCGUGACUGAGUAAACACAUUUUCACUUAAACUUUUUAUUCUUCUCAAACUGGUGAGUCUCACUCCACCGCUCCUUUUUACCGCACAGAGUUCCGUUUUUUCUCGGAACGCUGCAGGGACUUUGGUGUCUCUGCCCCCACCCCACCCCGCCCCCCACCCACCCCCCCACACACACGCUUUCAGAGAAACAGGCUUAAACUUUUCAGCGUUUAAAAAAAAAUAAAUAAGAAGAUCGAAUUGCAUUUUCCCCCUUCAAACAUUUUGGAGGUGAUGUCAUCGUGCUAUGUUUUGGCAGGUAUUGCGUUAAGAGGGCGCAGAGGGGUCUGCUGCAGCCAGGCGGUAACCAGCAGCUGAGUGGCUGAGCCAGAGGGGAGUCCGGAAAAAUCAGGUGCAAAGUGUGGCAUGUCAUUUCCCUGCCGUGUUGCGGGUGGCUGACUCUGCCACCUAGUCGCAGCUGCUCUCAUCCUCCUCAGCCAACUCCUUCCUCCAUCAUCUGUCUUUCCCUUUUAUUAGCCCCUAAAUCCAGGACUGCCCAUAUACUACCAUUUGAGCUGGACCGCUCCGGGACCUUAUCAGCAUCUCUCUGGAACAACGAUAGCGGGUGUCACCUGAGCUACAGACCCGCUGCGUGGAAGCGCAGACAUGACCGAGAUCGCAUUGCAUUAUCCUGCGCCCGCGGAGCCCCAUUAUCCAGGUCGCCGUUUGCUCCAGCAGCCAGCACAGGAAAACCACGUCCAAGAACUCCAGACCCCGCUCAGCUUGGAUUAAACGAACCCACUACCCCUGUUUGUGGAUAUUAGCGAGUGCGGAUUUUUUCGCGCUUUAUUUUCUGUUGCGCCUUAAACUUUUACGCACUGGAUUACGCAUCUGUUCUUGGGGGUCAGCUAGGUCGAUCGGCGCAGACAAUUUGUGACACGUGAACGCGCUUUCACCUGUUCCUCUCUCUGUCGGGAACGCGCAGCCCAUUUGCUGCCCCCGCCCAUCUGUCCCUCCACCGGUCAGGACAGCUGUUAAAGGUUGCCCGGCGGUCAUCACUCACCCCGUCUCGUCUGUGCCAUCCACACCGGAGGACCAGAGCACGCUGCCGCCGAUGCCAACAGGAGUGACCGCUGACUCUUUGAUUCUGGACAACAUUCUUCAGGUUCACAGCGUAGAGGGAGGAUCUCCGGACUGUCGGACUGGCUCAGGCCGAGCGAGGAGACCGUCUCUGGGCCAAGUUCCAUAGUGGAGGGGGGAAGCAAUGUGGUCCCUUCUUUCCACGUUGACCGUCUUAUGUAUCCAGAUGUUACUGGUGAUGUGCAAUCCAUUGCAGCAGGUACUUGGCGUGGAUGGAGUCAACUUCAGCGUGCAUGUGGAGAACCAGACGCAGGUGCGAGACACCAUGAGUCGGAGACACCACCGAGUCUACCAGCUCUACAGCCGUACCAGUGGCAAGCACGUCCAGGUGUUGGGACGCAGGAUCAGCGCCAGGGGAGAAGAUGGAGACAAAUAUGCCCAGCUUGUAGUGGAGGCAGACACCUUUGGUAGCCAGGUGAGAAUCCGAGGCAAAGAAACCAACUUCUACCUGUGCAUGAACCGCCGUGGGAAGCUGGUGGGAAAGAAGGCCAGUAACCGAAGCGCUGACUGUGUGUUUGUGGAAAUGGUCCUGGAAAACCACUACACAGCUCUAAUGUCGGCGCGCUACACGGGCUGGUACGUCGGCUUCACUAAAAGGGGGCGUCCUCGCCGGGGACCCCACACGCUACCCAACCAGCAGGACGUACACUUUAUGAAACGCUUCCCACCGGGGGAACAGCCUGAUCUCACCACACCCUUCCGCUUUACAACUAUCAGCAAGCGGGUCAAAAGGGUUCGCGCCACUGGGACGCGCUAGUAGUGGCUAACGCUAGAACCCACUGUCUUGACGAGCAAAAGCCUUACCUUGAGCCUCCAAAUGGCUAACCCAGUCAUCUCAUCUGUUGCACUCGACUGAUCGUCUAUCCCUUUGUUGGGACAAAUAUUGACCAGAAACCCGAUGAAUCAUUAAUGGUGUUCAGCUUUAAGAAUCCUAAUUCAACACUCUAAGCCCCUGGUUAGUCAUCAUUUUUCUAAUGAUGUUCCUUUACUGGACCAACUGGACUGUAUCUCCAGUAAUGCUGGAAACUCAGAAAGAGUGACAGAGAGCCCUAAGGUCAGUCAGAGUCCAAGGCACGACAAAGGCCUUGACUUCACAACCACAUAAACCACGAGGCCUUCCGUCUACUGCUCUGGACCAGGUGGAUUAUGUCAAUCAUGGGACUAUAACUGGACCAUACAGAGAGAGCAUGGCUGGGAAAAGACUAGCUGAACAAGACAAUGAGUGCUUAGCCUAUUGACAAUGAGAAAAUCAGGACAUGAAAAUGAGGGACAGAGACAGAGUGACCUGCACGGAUCCAGAGGACAUAAAAUGGACUGUUGACAUGUGACGCACUUAUCUGUCUCACUACUAAACUGGUGGGAACCUGUGAGACUGUUGGACGAAAGGCAGGAUGGAAACUAAAAGGAUGAAUGAAGAAAAAUAUUAGAGUGAAUGACACUGAAUAUAUGCAUGUUCUUGAGAGGAUGACAAGGAAAUGUGUAUUGCAUGAGUGCUCGGAGACAAAAUCAGAAGAGGUUCUGGAAAUGGACCAUGCUGUCCUUGCAUGAACUGGGACAACUCAAUGCAGGGAUUGAAGCUUUAAGAACUGGAAUGGACUAAAUAAACCAAGCUGCACCAACAAAUCACCACAAACCAAACCAACUGCAACCAAAGACAACUGGAAACCUUCGUUGUGAUUCCUCCUCUUUCUUUGUCUUCCCCCGAGGACACUACAUCCACAGCUUUAAGGUGCAGAAGGUGAUGAGUGCUUGGCUAAGCCCAGUGGGGAGGGUGCCUUCUCUAAUAGCAUUGCUAUAGAAACGACCCAGGGGAUGAUGCUCCUGAGAGAUGCCGUGGAUACAGAGUGCUGCUACCAGGACAUUCAGUGGAACAAUCCAAAGUCUCAUGCAUACACAAAGGGGAUGAAAAAUUAAAGGGAACACUUUAUUGAAAGUAUAAAUAUAUAUAUUAUAUAUUAAAGAAAGACAGAAACGUAAAUAAGCAAUCUUACUAUGAUGUUUACUAUAAUUAUUACGAUAAAAUUAUUUCAUUUAUUUAUUUCAGCUCUGUGUGCAGCAGUCUUUCUUGACUCAGUAAACCUUUCAGAAACA